AUGAAAAAAGUUGGACGUCAGAUCAAUCCCGAUGGUACCCGAUGGGUACCUGAUGCACGUCACAUCAGGUGCCAAGAACAUGUUCUGAAUCUCGCUGCUCAACACUUUGUUGAUGGAGUUUCACCCACUCCGCAAGCAGCUCUCAUGAGAAAGAUCUGUCAGGCAGUUGAUGAUGGCAAUGAUGCUGAACUCAACACUUUGACUCAAGAGCUUGCUUCCAUGGAGGUUGAUAAUGACAAUAAUGAUGGUACCUCGUUCAAUGCUGGUGAUUCACUUGGUAAAGCUCUCGCACUCAUUGAGCAGAUCCAAAAGUCACCUCGAGCUCGUGCAUUUUUCCAAAAGGCCUGCCAGGAGGAGAAUGUCCCUCAACUGGAGUUGUUGCAGUGGGCUGUGAAUUGUUUUAUGAACCUCACAGACAAAAGCAAAGAAGUGCCGACUCUUCGCAACAAGUCUUACAAUGACUUUAAGCUUGACCGGGCUGAUUGGAAACACCUUACACUCAUUCAUCAAGUCCUCAAGGAACCAGCAACUGCUCAGCAAUCAUUCUCGUCAGCAAAGCAUCCAACUGCAUGGUGCACAAUCCCUACGUUGGAGUGCCUCGCCGAUCGAUGGAGAUCUAUGGCAGCUGAUGUGCAAUAUACACCAAUCGCUGAUGCAAUUCAGCAGGGCCUCAAGAACAUCGACAAGUACUUCAAGAAAUCAAGUGAAUCUAAUGUUUAUUUCAUUUGUCUUGUUCUCAAUCCGAACUAUAAGCUUGCAUACAUCGAAGGUCGGUGGCACACUCAAGAGGUUGCGACUGGCAGGGCUUGCUUGGAGGCUGUGUUCAAUGACUAUUAUAUGUCACCAAGUCCUACUAAUGACCAAUCUGCUCCGCUGAUGAGACCCACACACACACAGUAUGGUGAUGAUUGGAUGUGUGAGGCUAUCAAGAUGCAUCAGAUGAGGGACCAUCUCACUCACAAUCUCUGGCAAGAGCUCACCGCUUACUUGUCUUCAGCGCUAGAGUACACUAAUGACAUUGUUGUCUGGUGGGGGCUUCACUUGCUACAGUACCCUACACUUGCACGCUGGAGCAGGCUGAGAGGCUCGCAGCCCAGAGACAGGGAAACCAAGCUGGAAUGAGG